AUGCGUGAGAGUGAGAAACAACUCCGAGCGAUCUCUGCGGUCCUUGAUGCAUUCCGUGGCACCCUCGAAGACAUCAACGCGUCGGUCAAGGAACUACAAUCUCAGAACACUAUAUCUAGUACCGGGAACUCCGCCGGUGGCGACUUUGUCGCCAACCUGCACGCCAUGGCCAGGGCUCUGAAUGCCGCGCAGUCCAAUGAGCAAGAGCUGGAAAACCUUCGUGCCGAAAAUACCACGCUCAAGGCGAAGUGGGAUAUUAUCCAGUCAGCCAUUACGACUGCAGCGGGAAGCGAACCGCCGAGCUCUUCUUCGACGGCGUUGCAUGGCAAUAGUCUGGGGAAGCGCAAGCGCGCCAGCAACGUCAGUAGAACUGGCUCUACUGGUCGCUCAAACCCUACAUCACAGCCAAAGCCCUUUUGGCUGAGGAAUUCAUCGUCCUCCGCACAGGUCCCAACCCCCCAAUCAAGCACACAUUCAGACUUCCAAUCCCAAGACACCUCCAAUAGUUCACGUAACGCCACGCCUGAUGAUGCACACGACGAACCCAACCUGCCAUGCUCUCCGCAGAACAGCAAGAAGUCCAAGGCAUCGGUAGCGCCACGCUUACACCAACCGGAGAAGCAGCAGCAGGUUGCAGUGUCUGAUGAGCAUUCGAAGGGACUCAGUCCUGCUGAGCGUUUUGCCCUGGGCGAUGUAUCUUUCGAUGAUUCCCUUACAAGCGCCGGUGCUUCGGAUGGUGAAGAACAACGGGGCAGUUCAAACUCAGUCCCAAUGAUGGAUCCAUCACAGUCACCAUCAGCGCAAGAUGAUCAACCUUCGAACCUUGCGGAUGAUGGAAUGCAGGCUGCCGAGAAUGAGUCCCAGCCAUAUGCCGAUAACGAUGCUACGAAUCCAAAAGACGGCGCGCAGUUGAGCGGCAUUGGUGAUGAGCCAGCAAUGGACGUCAGCCCGACCGAGACGACCGCCAACCGCUUCUCAAUGGGCGAGAGCGUCGAGUUUAGCGGUGAUGACGAGGGUCAGGGAGUAGACCAGUAUGAGGACCUAAGCUCAUCAGAAGCUCGUCAAAGCUCUCCUGUGGACGUGAAUAAAGACAAACAGACGCAAGCAAGCGACACCUCUACUCCAGACGACGCUUCGGUCCAGUCGGCACCGGCCAAACGAACUCGCAGCAAGACUCAGGCUGUUUCCACCGCUUCUGCGCGUAGAAAGACGAUCGAGUUUGCUGUCGUCUCUUUCAAGGAUAGACGAAGCGUUGCGCCCGAGCCACCAGCGUCACGGAGGAUCCUGCCGCGCCGGAUAAGCUCAGAUCAAACGGGCCAAUUCGAACACGCGACGCCAGAAACGGUCGAGGCUGAACUAAUAGAGCUAGAGAAGCCCAAAGGACCGCGACAGUACAAGACCUAUGUCCAGACAGGCACGAAGCUUCUGAACAUUGAGUUGAAAGAGCUCGGACUGGAGGAAUGGAUCGACAGGGACAAGACGGGGCCUGAAUACAAGCGGCUUGUCGAGGAGGCCAGAGAGCGCAAGCGGCAACAGACCAAAUUGGCCGCACUCGCUAGUCGGGGGGUGUCUGUUCCAGGAACGGAUAUGGAUGAGGCAUUGCGACUAUCUACGCCCUCCUUGGAAGAGGCAUUGCAACAAGCGCAGGCUUUGGCUGAUGCGACCAAUGGGGGACUUCCGAUUACCGUCAAAGGCCCAGCAAAGACAACAGAACCAGCUCGACAGGCGGUCAGUGUUGGUCCUAUCAGCAAGCGUAGAAAGUCCAAAGCCCAUCGUCAGGAAGAGAUUCGCAAAAGAGAUGAGCUGGCAAAGGCAGCCAUGGAGAUGGCAGACUAG